AUGCCUUUUAUCUCUCUCUCCCCCUCCUGCAAGGCUUCCCUUUGGAAAGGGAAACCUUCCUGUCGUUGGGAUAGGAUAGAUAGAGCCAGUCAUAACCCCGGGGCGAAGAUCAGCGUACACUUGUACGGAUGCUACGUAAAAAAGGACCACCCCUCGGAUAUGCUUCCUCUGUACUGUCAGCCAUACAGCUCGCGUGAGGAGCCGGUUGGCUGGAAGCCAUGCCAACCGCCGCGCUUGGAUGGGAAAGGGAGGGGGCAUAUUCUUCCAUUUAGUGUUUGGUCAAUUCUGCUUCGCGAAGCAGCAUGCCCAUCAUCCAUCCCGAGGACCAUCGGAGAGGAGACGCAUAUGUGGAAGCAGGCUAUAAGGCAACAAGAAGGAAAUAAGGUAGAUGUUCCGGUCUCUCAGACCGGGGAGACGGGCUCGCGUGCGGGAAUGGACAUGCAGAACCGGAGAGGGAGUGAAGACGUGCAGCUCGGCGCUUGUCGAACGCCCAAUAAACGCAGCGGUGGAGACCUUCCCAGACAAGAGGCGCUCCAGCACUCUAGAAAGGAGGGGGGAGACGUGAACGUCGGAAGAGAAGGGGGGUUACGGGCGGGAGAAUGUAAGCCCAGUAUCAGAUGCGGCGGCUGUGCGCAGGUGGGAUGA